AAUGCUCAGGUAAUCUUUAGCUUUGGAAGACUGGAUCCAACUCCGUCUUUAUUGAUAUGUAUGACCUUCAUUAUGCUUUUAAAUGUCUUGAGUCCAAGGACUAUAUGCCAAAUUCUGAUCCUCAAGUGACCUAGUGACCGGAUAGGUGUCCCUCAUGCCAUAUCUUUCCUCCACACCGCGCGCCUGGAUAUUCACUCUACCAGCGCCACGCAGGGGAAAAGCGGUACUCUCCGCCAUAGCAUCCAACGCAUUUUUUUGCUGUAUCUCUAGGGCAUCAAAAGGACAUUGUUGGACUGGAUCAGCAGGAAGCUCCUGCAUUUCACCCACCAUCGUUACCGGAAGUCCAUCCAGUUCGGGCUUGUGCCAGAAAUCUUCCCCACUUUCGGUCAGAGUUGGCAACAAUCAAGUCAAUCAAGUCGGGGUGAAUUGCUUGAUUGAUUGACGGAUCUGGCACGUUUUGAUUGACUUGAUUGACUUGAUGGCACAAAUGA